CAGACACUGUCUGUUCGCUUCUUCGGGAUCUCGGCGGCUUCUACCACCCAGGUCAGGCUGCUGAAUCGUCUUCGCUGAGGGCCUCUCUGAGGCAGAAGAGACUUGAUGUUUGGGAUCCAUGGAGCCACACAGAACCUGGCCUGUGAAGGAGGGGUGUAUUCUCUUUCUAGCAGCUUCUCACCCCUGGGAACUCCCUGAGCAGUACCACCCCUCAAGACAACAACAACCGGUCAACCCUCCUUCUGGGGGAAAGGAAGCCAUUUUGAGCCAACUCCUCCAGCCCCCGGAGGCAGCCAGGCCACAGAGUUUCCAUGCAGGAACCAUCCAGUUCGGAGAAACUCCCCGGGAGACCCUCUCCCGGCUGAGCAAGGCAGUUCUGCAGUGGCUGCGUCCCCAGGAGCACAGCAAGGAGCAGAUUGUGGACCUGGUCAUCCUGGAGCAGUUCCUGUCUGUGCUACCGACCGACAUGCAGGCCUGGGUGAGAGCCAAAGAGCCGGGCAGCAGCAAGGAGGCAGCUUACCUGGCGGAGGCCUGCCUGCAGGAGCAAGAACCUGCCAAGCCAGCUCAGCUGCCAAUUACCUUUGAAGAUGUGACUGUACCUUUCACUGAGAAAGAGUGGGCACUCCUAGAAGCCAGAGAAAAGGCUCUUUACUGGGAAAUCAUGCAGGACAAUUAUGACAAUGUAGCCUCUCUGGGGUUUUUGAGACCAGAAACUGAUGUGAGGUCACCAGAAGAAUGGAAAAGGCAAGAUACUUUCAAGUUUCAGCUCUCAGAAAAACGGAUGCAAACAAAAAUCAACUUUUCAGAAUCCCCACAACUUAAACUUGAGAUGGCCUCCGAACGAAAAAGGAAUCCAAGGUCAUUGAUCUUUGAUCUCCGGGGCUGUGGAGAAAGGGAGAUCCCAAAUGACAUCUGUUCAGAGAAUAGUCCGUUUAAAGCAGAGAAUUGCCCAGUUAAAGCAGAGAAUAGUCCGAUUAAAGAGAAUCCAAAGAAUAACUCCAAGCCCAAAAUCCCUGACCUAGUGGAGAAACAAAGUAUGUUUUCUGGCCUGUCAGAAGGGAACCCCAGGAAAGCAGAAGCCAGGGACAGUCAGCAGAUGACACAGACCCUUGAGGAGAACUCCCUGCCUCAGCAAGAUGAGAUGCUUUUUGGCACAGGGUUGUUUUUCAAGGAGCCACCCCAGGUUGUGGCCGCUCUGAAAGGUGACCUCCAGGAGACCCAUCACAUCUGCACCGAAUGCGGGAAAAGCUGUCGCUCAUUUGCCGCGCUGACGAAGCAUCACAGGGCCCACAAGGUGGAAAAAUGCUACAAGUGCCCCGUCUGUGAAAAGAGGUUCAGUCGGAGCUCUAAUCUCAUCACUCACCAGAGGAUCCACACGGGCCUAAAACCAUUCCAGUGCACUGACUGCGAGAAAAGCUUCAAUAACAAGUCAACCCUUGUUAAGCACCAGAGAACCCACACUGGGGAGAAACCCUACGUGUGCCUCGACUGCGGCAAAGGCUUUACGCAAAGCUCCAACCUGAUUAAGCACCAGAGGAUUCACACCGGGGUGAAGCCCUACAGGUGUCCUGACUGUGACAGAAGCUUCACUCAGAGUUCACAUUUCAUUGACCAUCAGAGAAUCCACACGGGCGAGAGACCCUACAAAUGCCCCGACUGCGGGAAGGGUUUCAGCCUGUGCUCCAGUCUCAUCAUACAUCACAGAAUCCAUACAGGAGAGAAACCGUUCGAAUGUCCUGUCUGCGAAAAAAGUUUCAGCAGCAGGUCAACUCUUAUUAACCACAGACGGGUCCACACUAGAAACAAACCUUAUGAAUGUGUUGACUGAGGGAAGACUUUCACUCAGAACUCCAGCCUAAUUGCACACCAGAGAACCAAUACUGGUGACAAAUCCCAUACAUUUCCUCACUGUGCCAAAUGCCUCACUCAGAGCUCAAGCGUCAUCAUCCACUGAAGGACAUGCAUGGGAGAGAGGCCAUAUCAGUGUUCCAACUGAAAGACAUGCUGCAGUAUAAAAUCACAUCUCCUU